AUGAAUAAAUCAAAUAUACUUUUUGGAAGUAGUAAAUAAAAAAAUGGAUUACUAAUACCUUAAGAAGAGGUUUCAAUUUCAAAACUUGAAUCUAUGGAAGCAGAAUCUCCAUUAAAAGAAAUCAACUAAGAUUAAACCAAAAAUGAAGAAUCUGAGAAUGUCUUAUUUUCAAUUAAACAUGAAUUAUUUGAAAAUGAGAAUAAAAUUGGAUAGAACUAAGAUGAUUAAAAAUGUUUAAUUUAUCCUAAUCCAUUUAAAGAGUUAAGAAUUCCAUUUGAUAAGAUUUAAUUUAUUUUGUAGCCUCUUUAAAGAAAUGGAAUUUUACAAUGUUAAAUUCGUAAGAUAACAAACUAAUCUCCAAAAGAAAAUGCAAAAUAUGAGUUGACAAUGUUUGAUUUACCAAUUUUAAUUGCUGAAAAAUUUCAUACUUUUUUUAAACGGAAAAUUGUAAUUAAAUAGUCAGGUUCAAAUUACUUUGCUGGGAAAUUAAAGUGGGAUAAUUAUGGAAAAAAUUUUAUUUUUCUUGAUAAUAAAGUAAGUCCAAAAAAAUGUUCUUCAAUUAAUAUGUAAAGAUUAUGUAUAGGUGGAGCUAAUUAUUAAAAAACAGGAAAGAAGAAACCACAUAAAAUUAGAGUAAUUUAAUGAUUAAAAAUAGGUAUACUUGCCAGAAUUAAACUCAAAUAAUGAAAUGUAUGAAUAUCGAUUAGAAAAAUGUAAAUACUUUGAUGGUUAACCAAAAAAUUUUUAAGAAUUUUAAAAUAGAGAACCAGAAUAUAGUCCACAAGCAAAAUCUUUCGUUUUACCAUUUUACAAUAGAGCUUUGAUAGCAUCAUCUAAAAAUUUAUAAUUAUGUCAAUAAGGUAAAAAUUAGGUUUUCUUUCUUUUGGGAAAAAUUGAAAAAGGAUUAUAUAAUCUCGACUUUUAAUGGCCAAUUUUACCUUUGUAGGCUUUUUAAAUAGCAAUGUCAUGUUUCGUAUCAAGAGCAUCAGAUUGAAUUAAUAAUUAAUAUAGAC